AUGGGCCCAGCAUAUGUUGUAGUGGAUAGCUGUGGGCUCCCUACCUAUGUGAUAUGUAACUCUAGAGUGGGCCCUUGGGUGUCUGGAUGGAGGAGAAUUUUAUGUAAGGAUGGGCCUAUAGUACAGCAGAAUGGCCAUCUGUCGAGACUGUGGGGUGGGCCCGUGGAAUUCAGAUUGUCCGCCGGUAUAGCAGACGAGCGAGGAACGAAUUGCCAGAACUUCGGCAAGUGUUCGUCGAAAAGUGGAAAUGGCGAGCAAAUCCAGCGCGAUGAUCAUAAAAAUGCGCUUCAUCGGCGGCAUUGCCCGGCGAAUGUACAUUACCCGCCGGGUCAAUCCAAUUUCUGGCACACCGGGCGGUACCUCGAUGGUGUGUCAGGCCCACAACAUUCCAGCACGGGAGCAGGCCCGCUAUCGGUGGGCGCCCUAGUACGGUGGGCCCGGAUCAGGCUCUGGGCUUCGAAUGGGCCCAAUGGUAACAUGAAAGCAACAGUAGUGGGCCCACAUAAAGAAAUACAGAAUAGCGGAGGGAGCCCGCUGAAUCUGCCGGAGGCGCAUAUGGGCCCGAUGAAGCUGCUAUUCGACCCUAAAGGGUUUCUGGACCAGGCUCAAGGCUCAGAGAAGAGGAAAUAUGAUAGAAAACUACUGAAGACUCUGACUCCUACUGGUAACUGGUGAAAAGAUAACUUGCUUAUGUAAGCUACAAAAGUGCCAACAUAAGGUAAGGUAAAAACAGUCUCUACAAGCCCAGCCAGAAAUGAAUCCCUACAUCUCAUGGGAACUUUGAAUCAUGACUGUCCCCAGUCAUCUACCUAUGCAAA